AUGGAGCCUGUCUUUGGGGCUUUGUUGGGUUUGAUUCUGGCAGUAGCUUCAGCAGCACAGAGCAGCUGUACCUGUGUGACCAACAAGGGGACGGUCUGUGCCCAGCACACACCAGGGAACUGCACGCUGGUCGCUUCAAAGCACGAAGUCAGCUGCUCACCACCCACUCCCAAGGGCUUCCUGGUGAGGGCAGAAAUGACCUCUGCAAAGGAGAAGGGCUUCUGGGGCCAUCGCUGUGGGCUGUUGGACAAUGAUGGCUUUUGGAAUCCAGACUGCGAGGAGAGUGGUGUCUUCAAAGUCACGCGGCGCAACCAGCCCAAUACUUGCUGCUGUGUGGCCGCUGCUGGAGUAAGACUUGGAGCUGAAAAGGGUGACAAAAGCCCGAGCUGUGGAGAACUGGUCACAACAACCCAGAUCUACGUUGAACUGAGGCACAACAAAAGGACCAGUGCCUUUGAUGUUCCCGACCUAGCAAACGCCCUGAGACACCUGUUUGAGAGCAGAUACAAACUGCACCCCAGGUACAUCACAGCCCGCGAGUCCAACUCCCCACGGACCCAAGCCCGCCUGAACCAGCACAAGACAUCUAGGUGUGAUGCAGAUACUGCUCAUCUAGUCUAUUACUUUGAAAAAG